UGCAACCCAAAAAAAAGGGGGGGGGGGGAUGCAGCAUUCGGUCCACACAAAGACCAAAAGAAACAAUCAUUUUUCCUGUUUUAAUCUUGUUUUUUAUUUUUGUUUUCCCUUGACUUUUACUUGUUUUAUCAUGUUUCUUUUUUGGGGUUGGGUUGCGGAAUCCUUUAUUCGGCUUUUGGGGAAAAAAGAAGCAAUAAUGAAAUUCAUCUACUCUAUUACCCUCCUCUGCACUAGUUUUGCUGCUGUCUCCAAUGCAAUCGCUGGACAAUCGCAGUGCCAGCCCGAUUGUCACGGAAAGAAGGCCCCUUGCCAUGCUGAAGAGGUGCCCUGCUACGCUAAGUUGGAGCCCUGCCACCAGAGCCACGGUCCUUGCCAUAUCAAGUACAAGCGCCAAUUGCAGCAGCAGAUUCCUGGCGGAAACACUGGCGGAACAGGCGCCUUCCCUGGCAGUAACACCGGCGGAACAGACUCAUUCCCUGGCGGAACUGGAUCCACUCCUGGAGGAGACACUGGUACAGGAUCAUUCCCUGAUAUUUUUGGUGAUCUCCUCCCGAGCGGAAACACUGGCGGAACCGGAUCGACCCCUGGAAACACUGGCGGAACCGGAUCGGCCCCUGGAAACAACAACGCCCCCAUUAACAACAACAAUAAUGGCAGUGGCCAGCAGCCCAGCUCCGCAGCACAGUCCAUCCCAGCAUCAAUCUUUGACAAUCUCCCAGAUUUCCUUGGGAUUUCGUUCCCAGGCCAGCCGCAGCCCACCCCCACCGGUGCCGCCGCCAAUUCUUCGCCCAAUCCGCUCGCUUCUUCCCCAAAUACGCUGAACCAGGGCCAAGGCCAAAACCCCAACAAUCAGAAUGACCAGAAUAAUCAGAAUGAGCUCGGGCAGCAGACCGACACCGGCGACAUCAACAACAAUGAUGGCCAAGAGGAAAAUGUAGAGAAUAUCAAGACCAUUGAUAGUCGCACGAGUGCGGCAACGGCUGUCGACAAUAAUGGUCUGUUUGCUGGGUUUGUCGCGGUUGUUGCUGCUGCCAUAUGGGCAUUCUAA